GCGCAGUGGGAACAUUUCCCUUCAUUUCUCUUCUGCUUUCUGACGGGAGCGGAUUCCGAUUCGGAUUAUACUUCUUCUCCUCAAGAUUAUCAAUAUUAUCACCAUUAUUGGUCGUAUUAUUUAUUGUUAUGUCGAAACGACUCCGGAGUAGCGAAGUCUGUGCGGACUGCAGCGCUUCAGACCCGUCGUGGGCCUCGGUCAACCGCGGGGUCCUGAUUUGCGACGAGUGCAGCAGCGUCCAUCGCAGCCUCGGGCGGCACAUUUCCCAGGUGCGGCACCUCAAGCACAACCCAUGGCCGCCCACUCUCCUACAGAUGGUGGAGACCCUAUACAACAAUGGAGCGAACUCCAUCUGGGAGCAUUCGCUUCUGGAUCCGGCUUCGGUCAUGAGCGGAAGGAGAAAGGCCAACCCUCAGGAUAAAGUCCACCCGAACAAAGUGGAGUUCAUCCGGGCCAAGUACCAGAUGCUGGCCUUCGUCCACCGACUCCCCUGCCGAGACGACGACGCCGUCACCGCCAAAGACCUCAGCAAACAACUGCAUUCGAGUGUCCGCACGGGCAACCUGGAGACGUGCUUGCGUCUCCUCUCGUUGGGCGCUCAGGCCAACUUCUUCCACCCGGAGAAGGGCAGCACGCCAUUACACGUGGCGUCCCGGACGGGCCAGUUCCUUCAGGCGGAGCUGCUGGCCGUUUACGGGGCCGACCCGGGCGCCCUCGACUCCACCGGGAAGACCCCCAUCGACUAUGCCAAGCAAGGGGGGCACCACGAACUGGCCGAGCGGCUGGAGGAAAUCCAGUUCGAACUGACCGAUCGACUGGCCUUCUACCUCUGCGGACGGAAGCCCGAUCACAAAAGCGGGCAGCACUUCAUCAUCCCGCAAAUGGCCGACAGCAGUUUAGACGUCUCAGAACUGGCCAAAGCCGCCAAAAAGAAACUUCAGUCGCUGAGCAAUCACCUCUUUGAGGAGCUCGCGAUGGACAUUUACGACGAAGUCGACCGGAGAGAGACCGACGCAGUCUGGCUGGCCACCCAGAACCACAGCACACUGGUGACCGAGACCACCACCGUCCCCUUCCUGCCCGUCAACCCCGAAUACUCCUCCACACGCAACCAGGGGAGGCAGAAGCUGGCCCGCUUCAACGCCCACGAAUUUGCCACGCUGGUGAUUGACAUCCUGGCCGAUGCCAAGCGGAGGCAACAAGGCCACCCCGUCCCGAGUUCCAAAGAAAACGUGGAGCUGAUCCUGCGGGCCAUCGGGACCGAGAGCCACGACCACGACCAGCCCGACUACGACAGCGUCGCCUCUGAUGAGGAACUCGACCCGGAUUCGAACUCGUCCAAGGCUCCGCGGCAGAAGAGCCUGGACUCCUCGGAGGUGUGGGAGGGGGGCCCCUCGUCCCCGUCCAUCUCGGCGGCCGAGUUCCUCCAGGUGAAAACGGCCCUGGCGGCCUCCGAGGCCAAGAUCCAGCAGCUAAUGAAGGUGAACGUCAACUUGGGCGAUGAGCUGAAGAACAUGCAGAAGAAGCUCCAGACGUUGCAGAGCGAGAACUCCACCCUCCGCCGGCAGGCCAACCCCUACGCGGCGGCCCCGGGUUCGGACCACCCGGACCCCGGCGGCCCCGUCUCCUUGACCCGGCGGCCUUGCUCCGCCCGCGGAGGGGUGAGCGGCAGCCGGCCCAUGUCCAUGUACGAGACGGGGUCGGCCCCCAAGGCCUACCUGCCCCUCGACCCCGAGGAGACCUUCACGUCCCCCCGGCUUCAGCCCUUCCCUUCCCACGCGACUAAACUGGAAAAGCAAAGCAGCCUCCCCGAGGGCGAUUACGACAACGCGGUCCCGGCCCUCGAGCUGGACGAGACGGGGCUGAGCAGGAAGUCCCGCCAGCAUCGGGGGGGCUUCCGGCAGGGGGAGGGCAAGGACCCCGACCCGACCCCCGGCGGCCCCGGCCUCCCCUCCACCGAGGACGUCAUCCGCAAGACCGAGCAGAUCACCAAGAACAUCCAGGAGCUGCUCCGCGCCGCCCAGGAAAACAAGCACGACAGCUACGUCCCGUGUUCGGAAAGGAUCCACGUGGCAGUGACGGAAAUGGCCGCCCUCUUCCCAAAAAAGCCCCGCUCUGAGCUGGUCCGCUCCUCCCUCCGCCUUCUGACCUCGAGCGCCCUCCGCCUCCUGUCUGAGUGCGCCAAGGCCCCCCGACUGCUGCUUCUCCUCCUCCCGCCCGACGGCCCCGCCCCCGCCGCCCCCGACGUCCAGCUGGUCACCCAGCAGGUCAUCCAGUGCGCCUAUGACAUCGCCAAGGCCGCCAAGCAGCUCGUCACCAUCACCACCAAGGAGAACAACAACUGAGCUCCGCCCCGGCGGCCAUCUUUGAUUUGGAAACUCUGCAUCAUCCUCGCCAUGGCGGCCAUCUUUGAUCCGGAAAUGAUGUAUCAUCCCCACGACAGCGGCCAUCUUUGAUUCAGAAAUGAUGUAUCAUGUCUGAUGACAGCGGCCAUCUUUGUUUUGGAAAUUGUGCAUCGUCCUCGCCAUGGCGGCCAUUUUCGAUCCGGAAGCGAUGGCGGCCAUCUUUGAUUCAGAAAUGAUGUAUCAUGUCUGACGACAGCGGCCAUCUUUGAUUUGGAAAUUGUGCAUCAUCAUCCCCAUGGUGGCCAUUUUUUAUUCAGAAGCAAUGGCGGCCAUCUUUGAUCCGGAAAUGAUGUAUCAUCCCCACGACAGCGGCCAACUUUGAUUCGGAAUUUGUGCACCAUCCUCCCCAUGGUGGCCAUUUUUGAUCCGGAAGCAAUGGCAGCCAUCUUUGAUUCGGAAGUGAUGUAUCAUCCACACAACGACAGCG